GACACUUACAUAGAGCUUGCACAUUAAUUCAUAACAAGGCUACUGAAAACAGUGGCAACUGUUCAGUAACUGCAGUAACAGGUUGUCCAAAAUGGCAAAAUGGGAGUUUCUCACAACCCAGAAGUUGUGAAUACGCAUAAAGCUGAUUAUUUCAAGCUGCCCUGGCUUACAAAAAACAAGUAUGAAACAAAAAGCGCAUUCUGUGAGCCUCGUUUCUUGGGAAGGACGAAAAAAGCAUAAAACCCCCCAAAACAAACAAACAAACAAACAAAAAAAACCCGCCCCCGAGAUUAUCGACACGUGACGACUUUAUUAGCGCGCGCACGUAUCUAGCUUCAAAGGAUCAAGUCUGGACACGAAAUAAAAACAAAUCAUAAAUGGUUUGCACAAUUGUGUGACACAGUGCUCUCAUUUAAGAUUUAGGACUCGGUGGAGGAGUAAGGGGAGGAGAUGGUGGUGGGCGUGGUGGAGAGGUGGGGCGGAGCGGGCCGGCCCAGCUGCAUCUAAAAUUUCCUGAACGCAAGCGCACAUCCAGCUGUCGGCGAGAUGUGAGAGCUGCAGUCGGCGAAGGUCUGAAGGUGUGUCUGUCACUGCUGUCCCUCCUGUCGCCUCCCCCCUCAGCGCGCGAGCGGCUGUGAGAAAAAGAAAGAGCACGAGUGAAACAGAGAGAGAGAGAAGUUUCCGCUGUCUUUAGGCGCACGGUCGCCGAUCGUUCACGUAACACGAUGGCACGGCUGUGUCAGUGUCUAUCGCUGUCGCUGUUGGAAGCUCGGCUGCUUUCAUGAAAGCUAGGAAAACGGAAAAAAACCCGAACCCGAAAGUGACACCAUGGCAGAAUUUGGAGAAAACAAGAGCGCCGUCGGUCCACCGGUUGCUGGCUGUAAAGCUGCGUCAGGGGGAACCGGAACGAGCCUGGAGACGCACCGAGGAGAGCCUGUGUCGAACGGCAGCUGCAGUGUGCCAAACGCCGGCAAGAAGGUCCAGAACGAGUCCAGCUGCGAGUCUCCGAAGUGGGAGAGCACGGGUCCAGACUCAGCUGCUAAACCAAUCCCUCGACGCAGCAGUCUGAUCAAGGAUGGAUCACGUGCUGGUCGGGAGAAGAAGAAGACGGUGUCCUUCAGCAGCAGUCUGUCAGAGAAAAAGAUCAGCAGUGCUUCUGAUUGCAUCCACUCGAUGGUUGAGGGGAGCGAGCUGAAGAAAAUCCGACCCAACUCCCGUGUUUAUCAGCGAUACUAUCUCCUUGAUGCCGGCCUCCAGGCUCUAUGCUGGGAGCCAUCCAAGAAGGAGUCAGACAAAGCUCGGAUCUCUCUCUCCUCUAUACGUGAGGUACGGACAGGUCGUAACACGGAGACCUUCCGCACCAGUGGAGUUUAUGACCAGAUUUCAGAGGACUGUGCAUUCUCCAUCAUCUAUGGAGACAUUUAUGAAAGCUUGGACCUGGUUGCCAACUCUGCAGAGGUGGCUAACAUUUGGGUUAUUGGCCUGAGGUAUCUGAUGCAGUAUGGGAAACAUACCCUCGACAUGCUUGCUAGCAGUCAGAACAGUCUUCGUCUUGGCUGGCUGGAGCAGUUGUUCUCCACUGCUGCUAACCAGGACACACGGGGAGACGUGACAGAAGGGAUUCAUUUGGAAUUGGCUAUGAAGCUAAUACAAGGCGUGAACCCCGGGGUGAACAGUGGCAAAGUGGAGCACAGGUUUAAGGAGCUUCAAAGACUCAGAGAGAGGAUGUGCGAGCUUACGAUAGAUAACGGAUCUGGACUUGAAGACUACAGCGAAAACAAAAAGCUAACUGCAAGAAAUGAGCGGGUCACCAAGCAGGAGUUCAUUGAGGUCUUCCACGACUUUUGCACACGUCCUGAGAUCUAUUUUCUCCUGGUGCAGUUCUCCAGUAACAAAGAGUUCCUGGACACCAAAGACCUGAUGAGGUUCAUUGAGGCUGAGCAGGGCAUGGCUCAAGUGAGUGAGGAAACCAGCCUGAAACUCAUCCAGGCUCAUGAGCCAUCGGAGAAGGGGCGGGAGCAGGGAUACCUGUCGUUGGACGGCUUCACCAGCUACCUCACUUCGGCGGAGUGCCACCUCUUUGACCAAGAGCAUAGCAUCAUAUGCCAGGACAUGACUCAGCCUUUGUCUCACUAUUAUAUCAACUCGUCCCACAACACCUACCUCAUCGAAGACCAGUUUCGAGGCCCCUCGGAUAUCUCCGGCUAUAUUCGUGCCCUCAAAAUGGGCUGCCGGUGCGUGGAGUUAGAUGUUUGGGAUGGUGCAGAUGAGGAGCCGCUGGUGUGUACUGGCCACAGCCUCUCCCCGCCGCUGUUGCUGCACUGUGUGUUAGAAGCAAUCGGAAGGUUUGCCUUCGCAGCAUCGGAGUACCCGUUAAUUCUGUGUGUUGAAAACCACUGUUCACGUCGACAGCAGAAAGUGAUGUGGCAGCAUCUCAUGAGGAUUUUAGGGGAGAGGCUGUACACAGAUCCUCCAGAUGAAGAGGCUUCAUACCUUCCAUCCCCGCAUUCCCUAAGACAUCGAAUACUAUUAAAGGGUAAAAAGCUAGUGCCGAGUUCUGAUGGGGAAGAUGGAGAGGUAAGUGAGGAGGAUGAAGGAGCAGAGAUGUGCCAGAAGAUAAAGGCAGUUAAUAGUGGAGGGGCAGCGCCUGGAGGAAGUGAGAAGGACACUGUGCAGAAAAUCGUUGUCACGUCUAGUCCUUCGAGCGUUCCCCCCAAACGUUUCCAACUGUUGAAGGAGCUCUCGGACUUAGUAAAUCUUUGCCAGUCUGUCACCUUUAUUGACUUUCCAACCUCGUCCAAAAGCCAAAAACCUUGGGAGGUGUGCUCUUUUCACGAGUCUUUAGCAGUGCGUCUUGCUAGCGACAGCCCUGGGGACUUUGUCAACCACAACAAGCACUUCUUGUCACGGGUGUACCCCAACCCUAUGCGUAUUGACUCGAGCAACAUGAACCCCCAGGACCUGUGGAAGUGCGGUUGCCAGAUAGUGUCAAUGAAUUUUCAGACAGCAGGACUGAUGAUGGACCUAAACACAGCCUGGUUCCGGCAGAAUGGGAACUGCGGUUACGUUCUGCGUCCGGCCAUCAUGCGGCAGGAGGUGUCUUACUUCAGCGCUGACACCAGAGACACGGUGCCUGGUGUGUCUCCGCAGCUGCUCCACGUGAAGGUCAUUAGCGGCCAGAAUCUGCCAAAGCCCAAAGGUUCUGGGGCUAAAGGGGACGUGGUGGACCCAUAUGUAUAUGUGGAGAUCCAUGGCAUCCCAGCUGACUGCACAGAGCGCCGCACUAGGACUGUGAGCCAGAAUGGAGACAACCCAAUCUUCGAUGAGAGCUUUGAGUUCCAGAUCAACCUGCCUGAGCUUGCUAUGGUUCGCUUUGUGGUGCUGGAUGAUGACUUUAUUGGGGAUGAAUUCAUAGGUCAGUAUACCAUACCUCUGGAGUGCCUCCAGCCUGGUUACCGACAUGUACCCCUGCAGUCUCUGACAGGAGAGGAACUCCCACACGCCAAGCUGUUCGUGCACGUGGCCCUUACCAAUCGCAGAGGUGGAGGAAAACCUCACAAAAGGGGUCUGUCAGUACGCAAGGCCCGAAAGGGGAGGGACUAUACAGCUCUGAGGGACUUGGGAAUUCGAGCAGUGGAUGAAGUUUUCAAAAUGGCUGCUCCUCUGCUGAGAGAAGCCACCGAUCUGAGGGGAAACAUGCAGAACUCAGUCGCAGUGUUCAGGGAGCUGUGUGGGGUGUCGGCUGUGGCUAACCUCAUGCAGUGCAUACUGGCUCUGAGCUCUAGAGUUUCAGAACCAGAGGGGAUGCCUUUACUACUGUUUGACCUGCGGGACCAGUACCCCACCCUGGAGCCCCAGGGGUCUUUGCCUGAUGUCCUCCGCCGGGUUGUCUCUACUUAUGAGAUGAUGGUCCAGGCGAGCAGAGCAGUGAUGGAGCUCUCAGAUGGAAUCCACGACAAGAUCCUACAUAUACAGACAACAGCCAUGGAGUUUCACGAAAAACUGCAGAGCCUGGGUACGAAAGAGGGGCUGAAAGGUUCCAAGGUCAGCCGAGCAGUUGAGCGUUUCAGCUGGAACAUCACCAUCCUUAAGGGCCAGGCUGACCUGCUGAAACACGCCAAGGCUGAAGUCCUGGAGAACAUGAAGCAGGUCCAUGAUGCUGCUCUGGCUGGAAACCUCACCAAGGAGAGAGCCGGAUUAAGACGGGCAAGCUCCCAAACACGCAGAGGCCACAAUGAAAAACUUGCAAUGAGUACUAGAGGACAGUCGGCAUAGCAAGUAGAAAAAAAAGAGGGCACCUAGCUGCUGUGAAAAACUCUUUUCACUUUUGUGUGUGUGUGUGUGCGCGCGCGCGUGUAUGUUACACUGUCUUAGUUUGAUAGUUUGCCCACUCUGGGAAAGUGUUUUGUAGGCAUUACAGAGAGUAACAGAUUCUAAGAAAGAGAAACAGGAGAACUGAUGAAUGCAAGUCUUCAAAACGCAGCCACUGUAAGCUCACCUGUUACUGAACCCUCGAGCCAGAGAAGGCGGCGCACAGCCAAGGGAAGACUAAUGAAAUGCGAAGCUGCAGAGAUGAAUGUAGUUACUGAAGCCAAGGUUCAGCGGUUUGUACUGUAUUAAACUGUAAAUAAGCCAAAUGUUUAAUGUUCACUUCUUAUGUGCAAUGUUUUCUGAGGUAAGGGGAUGAUUGAAACCAGAAGACAAAAAACCUUUUUGAAAAAAUGAUGGUGACUUUUACUCCACAGUGAUUAAAUUCAGAUUGGUGUGUAAGACAGCUUGCGUGUGAGUUAAAAGAAACAGUUUGUCAAAGAAUGUGUGGAUGUUUGAGGUCUUCGGUCGUUACUUGUGGACCAACGCAGUCUCUUUAUGUCUCUCUAGAUUUUGAUUACCUGUCUUUUGGUCCCCAGUUGCUGCUCUUCACUCAACUUCGAUUCAAUUAACUUGAGGUCCUUUGUCUUACUAAAAACCACCACUUUGCCAUCUUACUACGGUCUUACAUACAGUAUUCUAUAUUUUUGUAUUUACAUUUAAAAAAAGGCUUGUGCUAAUGAACCCGGUGUUACCUACCAAAACGAUCAAUUCCAGAAGUGUAAAUAUGUGCUUAGAGGGAACUAAUACUGUUAUGUUUGUGUUUUAAAACGCUGUACAGUAUUUUAUUAAGUAAUUCUAUCCUUUUACUGCAAAGAAUAUUUUACAUAAGUUAUUGAUCCUGAAUUAAAACAUUCCAGAUACAUAUUAUUGGUGUGGAUAAAUGAGGCUCGACCAGUUCUGUAAAAGGUCAGUUCACGAUUACCUUCCUCAGCAGCCAGGAUGAAA